AUGGCUCAGAAUGAAGAUACAGAACUCAGAGAUUUAGUGAUAGACGCCUUAGAAAAGAAUGGAUCCCUUGCCAAAAUUCGUGCUCUGUUGCGGGCUAACCUUUUUUUGGUUUUUGAAGAUGAAUGUCAUAUAAAACAAAAUGAGGCCCUAGAUAAAAUUCUUAACUUACCAGAAGGCAAACUAUGCUUUUCUAUAAUACAUGAGUUUUUAGAAUUCUGUAAUCUUAGAAAUACUUUAUUUGUUUACAAAUCUGAAACGAGACAAGGCAGUGAAUACGAAUACCAGAAUGAAAAUAUCCUCAGAGAAAAAUUAUAUCUAUCAAAUUGUGACGAGGUCAAAGAGCCGAUUUUACUUUCUCUUAUUAAAAGAAACUUGACUUUGGAAGAGAAAAAUGAAUAUCAAAUAAAUGAUAAACACCAUAAUAGCCAGAACAAAAUGAAAACGAAAUUUGGAAGUGAAGAAAAUUGUACUUAUUCUGUUCAUGAAGAUUCAUGUGCUUCUAGUCAAUCUAACUCCGAUAAUUCCUCAGAAAAACUUGAUCUCAGAUUGCAACUUGAAAAUUCUGAUACAGACACAUCAUCGUCAUCAAAAGGAAAAAGUUGCUCAGAAUACAUACCUAAUAAAAUAACAAAAAAGUCAAUAAACAUUAACAAAACAAAUAUAAAAGAGCAAAAGAACAAUAUAAAUGAAACUACAACUCAAAACAUAACUUCUUUUAAUUUGAAUAAAGAAAGCAGUCAAAACUAUAUUCAGGACAUCAAAUUAGCUAACAAUAGCAGUGAUUCCACAUCAUAUGCAGAAUUGAAACCCUUUAACUCCAGAGAUACUAUACUCCUCAAUACAACUGGAUUACCUUUGAGCUUGGAGAAAGAAGUACACCAGGUUUCCCCUCAACAAAAUUCAAAUUCAACAAGCUCCAAAAUAGAAUCACUAUCUUUAAACCAAACAUUAUCUAGCCGAUCAGAAAACAUAAUGAAAUCAAAGAGCCAGAAUUCCAGUAAAAACAGUAUUAAAAAAUCACCCCAUCAUGAAAUUGAAAAUAAUCCUACAGAAUACAGCUAUGACUUCACUUCACCAUUAUCAGAUCGAAAAGAUAGUUCAGGAAGAAAUAUUAAAAAUCAGGAGGUGACGAAUAACACUAUCAAGACAGAUACCCAUAGCCCUAAACAAAACUCAAUGAGUUCUCAAAGUUCAGUCUCCAUAUCUGAUGUUGCUGAUUUAAUAAGUGAGAAUAACAGUAAAACGUACCAUCUGGAAAGAAUGUCGGUACAAUCCAAAACUUCUAACAGCAACAUAUUUAACAAGAGUCCGAGAGAGGGUAAGACAUUUAGCGAUGACUCGGGCGAUUUCUCGGAAUCUCCUAUACCAUCACUGUCUAAUCUCAGUUUGGACAUACAUAGUGAAUAG